AUGAGCCCUCAAAAUCCUGGAAAACCGGCCUCAAAAGGCCUCGUCACGGGUGUUGUGGUUUUCUACCUCGUGGCCGCCUUGUCGAUGGUAAUGGCUAACAAAUGGGUCCUCAACACGACAGAAACGCCCCUCUUUUUCCUACAAAUGCAGCUCAUGAUCGCCGUCAUCCUGUUUUUGGUUUCCGACACGAUGCGGUUCCUUCCGGAUAAGCUUACCUUUGAUCUCAAAACAUGCAGGGGACUGGUGCCGAUGGAAAGUUUAGGCCUUUAUGCAUCUCAUUUAUGCUCACCUCCUUCCAGCUUCAGCAACUACACACUCAAAUACGUCGAUGCUUCCUUCUACCAAGUGGCUCGGGGUCUUGUUUUGCCGUUUACCGUCGGGACGUCCUUUAUCGUUUUGCACUCUAGGCCAUCGCUUCGCAUAAUCCUAGCAUGUGUCGGUGUCACCCUCGGCUUUUUCGUCGGCGUUUUUCUCGACGGAACCCACGUAUCCCUUGUGGGAGUAUUCUUUGGUGUCGUCAGCUCCGUGAUCACAGCUACGCAUUCCGUUGUCAUCAAGCAGAGUCUGAGUGUUGUCAAUGGCAGUGCCUUGUUGCUAUCGUGGUACACCAAUCUUCUCAGCGCAAUUGUAUUGGUACCUAUCAUCAUUCUGGCUGGUGAAGUGCCAGGGGUGAUAAAGCUGCUGUUCGGAGUUGAUGAGCUUGUGCGGUCGGCGGGUACGAUGAGUGCUCUAGAAACAUUCCUAUGGGGUUCCGCAAUUACUGGCAUUCUAGGCUUCCUGAUGAGCAUUGCCAGCCUGCUGUCUAUCAAGGUUACCUCGCCUAUUACCCACAUGAUUUCUUCCGCAGUCCGGGGCGUUGCUGCAUCGCUCUUGGGAAUGUGGCUGUUCCACGACAUAAUUACGACUGGCCGCGCAUCUUCUAUUGCCAUUAUCCUUUUUGGAUCACUCUACUAUACAUGGGUCAAGCACCAGGAGUCUCAGCCCGCCAUUUCAAAGGAGUACGACCGUGUUCCCAUGGAUGAUGUUGAAGCAGGUCUCAGAAAAGAAAAUCCCAAACCAGAGUAG